CACAACUUUCAAAGGAAGACAACAAAAUAACCGUCUGUUUGAAAUAUUAAUCUCUUUGCUUUUUUGAAAAUGGAGGUCGUUAGAUUCGCCGUCGCCGUCGUUUUUGUAUUGUUCUCUGUUUCUUCGUCCAACGCUGAGCCUACACCGGCAAUGGGUGGAGGCGCGGGAGGAGGAGAUGCUCACUCAAUGCCGUGUAUACAGAAACUGAUGCCAUGUCAGCCUUAUCUUCACUCGGUGACUCCACCACCGCCCGCGUCCUGUUGCCUGCCGAUGAAGGAGAUCGUCGAGAAAGACGCCACGUGUCUUUGCUCGGUCUUCAACAAUGUCGACAUGCUCAAAUCGCUUAACCUCACUAAAGAAAACGCCCUUGUUCUCCCUAAAGCUUGUGGCGCCAAGGCGGACAUCUCGCUUUGCAAAUCCAGCAAUGGCACCACUACACCUUCGACGUCGCCGGGAACUACCAUGACUCCUCCGGCAUCUUCCACUGGAAGCGGUUCCACCGGAGCUUCAUCUUCUUCAACGGCCAAACCAACAAACUCGGCUCCGGCUAUCGACUUCGCCGGAGCUAGCUUCGCAUCAGCUUUCGUGGCAUUGGCAACAAUCUUCUUUUGAUCUACUACUAUACUGCAUUAUGUCUUUAUUCAUUAUUAUGUAGGUUUUUUAAUUUGUUGAAAAUUGUUUGGUUAUUGAUUAUUAUUAUCAUUGUUAUGUACUCUGAAAUUUCUAAUAAUAGUAAUAAUUGCCGGCA